AUGGUGCUAAAGUACAUGAACUCCUUCUUCGCUCUCUACUAUGUUGCCUUCUUCAAGGAGCAUCAGACGCUCUUCUCAGAGCCGAUGGAGUGCCUCCGAGAUCAAUGCUUGCUGGACAUGCAAGCUCAGCUGGGGAUCUUUGUCCUCUUCCGCCUGCUGGUGUCGAACGUGUUCGAGCACUACUACCCCAAAGUCCGCUUGUGGUUCCGGAGUUGUUACUAUGACAACAUGAGCUGCUCCAGCUAUCUCCACGGGCAAACUCUGGAGCUGGCCGAGAUGUCUGCCACCGAGCAGCAAGCCAAGAAGGAGAAGCACCGUAACUUCCAGCAGUUCGAUGAGAUGCUUCUCACGCAUGGCUUUGCGACGCUUUUCGCGGUGGUUUCUCCCUGGGUGUGCACGGCGACAUUGCUCGCGGUUCUGGUGGAGAUUUGGGUGGACAUGAAGAGUCUUCUCGAAAAUCGACAGCGGCCCUUCCCAGCGCGUGCUCGCAAUAACGAGCCCUGGGGCACCGCCUUCGAUGCCUACGGCGUUCUAGCGGCCCUCACCAACGUGCUCACGCUCAUCUUCACAUCAACCCAGUACUCCGGGUGGACAGCUACAGAGAAGCUCAUCCUCUUCGUGUUUCUUGAGCACGUGAUAUUCGGUGCAAAGCUCUUCGUCACCAUGGUGUUCCCUCAGGUGCCGCACACCGUGGAGGUCCUGUCGCUGAAGCAGGACAGCAUGGUGCAUCGCUGCCUCGAGGGCAUCAAGGUCGAGAGUCAUAUGGACUUCAGCCUCUUCCGGGAAACCCGUGUACAGGAAGACGUGCAGGUCUUCGGCUACGACUUACUAGAGACCGAAGAGGCCGACAUGACAUUGUCGCUGCAGCAAAGCGGCAAGUCCAUGUACCAAGGGGUGAUCGACGAGGUCGGAACUCUUCGCGUGAACAUUGGCAUGCCAGUGGGUCAAUGA